GCUUCCGCUGCUCCAGAGACGGUUGUUUGAUGGACGCGCGCGCUCCGGCCUGCAGUCAGGAGGAGAGCGCUGUCUCGGUGUAGAAAAACGAACAAAAACCACCGCGCUGUUCUGGAGACGCCUUUCUGAAGCGGCGUUUAGAUCGAGCUUCUCAUAUUCCUGGGGGUUUUGUGAUUUGUUUUCCUUUUUCCUUUUAAAGAUGAGUUCCGGGACGAACGUUGUGCAGGUGACGAACGUGUCCCCGAGCGCCACCUCGGAGCAGAUGCGCACUCUGUUCGGCUUCCUGGGAACCGUCGAGGAGCUCAAACUCUUCCCUCCGGAUGACUCCACCAUGCCGGUGACUUCGCGCGUGUGCUUCGUGAGGUUCAGCGAGCAGGAGUCGGUCGGCGUUUCCCAGCACCUCACAAACACAGUCUUUGUGGACAGGGCUCUUAUAGUUGUGCCCUACGCAGAAGGUGUGAUCCCGGAUGAGUCAAAAGCUUUGUCGCUGAUGGCGCCUGCCAACGCCGUCGCCGGGCUUCUCCCUGGAGGAGGACUGCUGCCCACGCCCAACCCUCUUGCAUCGAUGGGAGGUGGUGUUCUGGGUGCUCUCGGUGGUCCAGCCAUGUUACCUGGACCUGGCAUGAACCCCCAGGCUCUCUCUGCUGAUCAGAUUCUGAAGCUGAUGACCUCCGUGGAUCCAAAGAUGAACCCGAUGGCGGCGAGCAUGGGUCUAAAGGCAGACGCUUCCAACAAGGAGAUCGAGGAAGCCAUGAAGAGAGUCCGAGAGGCGCAGUCCCUCAUCUCUGCUGCCAUCGAGCCCAGCAGUAAAAAAGACAGCAAGCGCAAGCAUUCUCGCUCCAGAUCCAGGUCUAGAUCCAGACGCAGGAGAUCCCGCUCUCGCUCUCGACACAGGAGGUCAGGCAGCAGGUCUCGGAGACGCUCCCGCUCCCGCAGCCGCAGACGCUCCCGAAGCCCCAGGAGGAGAAGAUCCCGCUCCAGAGACCGUGGCCGACGCUCCGCCAGCAGAUCCAGGGAUAGAAAGAAAGAGGAAAAAGACAAGAAACGCUCUAAAACGCCUCCAAAGAGCUACAGCACCGCCAGGAGAUCUAGAAGCACGAGCCGGAGACGAAGGAAGAGUGUUAGCCGAUCUCCUCGAAGAUCUCCCAAGAGAAGAGGGUCCAGGACGCCAUCGCCAAGGCGACACAAGAAGGAGAAGAAGAGAGACCGGGAAAGGGAGAAGGACCGAGAGCGCGACCGCGAGAGGAGAUCUGACCGAGAGCGCAGCCGCGACGAGUCCGAGCGCUCCUCUAACAAGAAGAAAAAGAGCAAAGAUAAGGAGAGAGAGCGGACGUCCGACAGCGAGAAGAGAGAUGUGAAGGUGACCCGAGACUAUGACGAAGAGGAGCAGGGCUACGACAGUGAGAAGGAACGCGAGGCGAAGGAUUCGGACGAUUCCGGUUCCUCUCCCGCACGCUACGAAGCCGACGGCGACAGCGCCAAACACACCCCGAAACAGGCCAAGCAGAACGGAGACGACCACAACGAAGAACAGGACAUGGACGUGAGCGACUGAGACCCGCGCCGAGACCGAAUGAACUUUAAAUGAAGAGUAUCGUGAUUUUGAUUUGCCCUCGAGGCUGUGUCUUCUUUAAUAACCUCAGAGUUUAAUGUUACUGUUUCUCUUCAUCCCCCCCGCCCCCGCCCCCCCGUUCGGACCGUUGUGGGUUAAAUAAGACGAGACGUAGCCUGUGUUUUCUUUCCAUCUUCUGAUCGUAUAUAAUGUCCUGUUUUGGUCUUAAAAAGGGAAGCAUCGUUUAUUUGUCACUCUUCAUCUCAAGUCUCUUCAUUGCUUCCCUUUCAGCUCAGUAAUUGACAAAUAGCCUUUUUGUUUUUUGUUUUGUUUUGUUUAUCACCCUUAAUAUGUCUAACGACUGUUUAGUGUCCACAAAGUUUUUGCCCCCUCUCUCACCAUUUCAUUCAUCUGUUUUGAUACCGAUUUGGCGUAUAUGUCAUUUUAAAUAGAAGGCGUUCAUGACACACGUACAUGAUUAGUGCUUUAUAUUCCUAGACUUCAUAUUCAGUAGAUGGCCAUCCUGGAGUUGGAAUUUUUUUAUACUGUAAAUAAACUCACUUGAGUCAAACACGUUUCUUUUUUAUUAUUACUUCUAGGUGUUCCAUAUUAUGUUAUAGGAAAUAUGGUGUACAAAUGUUUGUGUGAAUAUGAAAUUUCAGCAUUGUAUUAAAUAUCCAAGGUUUUGAUCCAGUAGUAUCAGGAAUCACAGACAGGGUCAAACUAACCACUAAGUUCGAUGAUUUAAACAUCUGUAUGAAGAAAAUGUCUGCAGUUUUAAAGUUGACAACUAAAGUGUGUGGUAUAAAUGCUUAGUCUUGAAUCA